CAUCCAUACCUUUCGUCUUCAUAUACAUAGCAACCAUUGAUAGAAAGAUAAGACAUGAAGAACGCAAUAAGAUGUUGCAUCUCUUGCAUUCUUCCAUGCGGAUCACUCGAUGUGAUCCGCAUCGUGCAUGCCAAUGGCCAUGUCGAGGAAAUAGCCGGCACUAUUCAAGCAUCCGAGAUCAUGAAAGCAAACCCUAAACACAUCCUCAAGAAACCCUCAUCCCCUUCAUCAUAUACCGAUAAAGGUGUAACCAAAUGCCCGAAGAUCAUGAUCCUUUCGCCCGACGUCAAGCUUCAACGUGGCAAGAUUUACUUUCUUGUCCCUGCCUCUAUGCCUGAUCAGUCCAUGCCCAGAAAGACCGGUUCCAGAUCAUCAUCAUCAUCAUCUUCAACUUCUUCGAAGAAAAUGUCUAGUGAAAAGAGUAAUCAUGUUGUGAUGUGGAGACCUCGUUUAGAGAGCAUUUCCGAGGCUACAAGUGAUGCAUAAACGUGGAUUCUUCUUUCAUUUUUCAAGAU